AUGCCGACGCGCGGGUGGGCUGAGAGUGCCCAAUGUCCUUCUGCUCCCUAUCGUUUGAGCAACGGGGCGUUCCCCGUGGUGUCCUACGUCGCGGGACCGGGAGAAAUCGCGUACUUCGCCCAGCUCGCAGAAUUGUUCGAGGCAUGCGGGGCGCGGAUGCCCGUCGUCCAUCCCCGGUUUGCAGUUACGAUCAUCGAACCCAAGAUCCGCAAGGUGCUCGACAAGCUGGGGCUGUCUCUACAGGAUUUCGCCCGCCCCUACGGCGAACUCGCGGGAGAAGUCGUGCGCGAGGACGUUCCCGAGACGGUGCGGCGGCACCUUGAGGAUGACUUGCGCGUGGGUUAA